ACAAUCCAUUUUUAUCAAAAGCUUUAGAGUAGCAAUAAUGCUAAUACCCAGCACUUGGGCUCCACGAUGUAGAGGAGAUGGCAUCUCCCGGCAGUGACAGCUAUAUUGUGCGUGUCAAGGCUGUGGUUAUGACCAGAGAUGACUCCAGCGGGGGAUGGUUCCCACAGGAAGGAGGCGGGAUCAGUCGUGUUGGGGUGUGUAAGGUCAUGCACCCCGAAGGCAGUGGACGCAGCGGCUUCCUCAUCCAUGGUGAACGACAGAAAGACAAACUGGUGGUAUUGGAAUGCUAUGUAAGAAAGGACUUGGUCUACACCAAAGCCAAUCCAACGUUUCAUCAUUGGAAGGUUGAUAAUAGGAAGUUUGGACUUACUUUCCAAAGCCCUGCUGAUGCGCGAGCCUUUGACAGGGGAGUGAGGAAAGCAAUCGAAGACCUUAUAGAAGGUUCAACAACAUCAUCUUCCACAAUUCAUAAUGAAGCCGAGCUUGGUGAUGAUGAUGUUUUUACAACAGCUACAGACAGUUCUUCUAAUUCCUCUCAGAAGCGGGAACAACCUACUCGGACAAUCUCCUCUCCCACAUCCUGUGAGCACCGGAGGAUUUAUACCCUGGACCCAUACCCCACAGACCAUUAUCACCUUGACCAGCGGAUGCCCAGGCCCUACCCGCAGGUGAGCUUCCCGGAGGACGACGAGGAGGUCGUGCGCAUCAACCCCCGGGAGAAGAUCUGGAUGACGGGCUACGAGGACUACCGCCACGCCCCGGUGAGGGGCAAGUACCUGGACCCUGCGGAGGAUGCCGACUCGUACGUGCACUUCGCCAAGGGCGAGGGCCCCAAGCAUGACUACAACUACCCCUACGUGGACUCGUCCGACUUCGGCCUGGCCGAGGACCCCAAGGGCCGCGGGGGCAGCGUGAUCAAGACGCAGCCGCCCCGGGGGAGCAAGGGCCGGCGGCGCAAGGAGGACGGCGAGCGCUCGCGCUGCGUGUACUGCAGGGACAUGUUCAACCACGAGGAGAACCGCCGGGGCCGCUGCCAGGACGCGCCCGACCCCGUGAGAACUUGCAUCCGCCGGGUGAGCUGCAUGUGGUGCGCCCACAGCAUGCUCUACCACUGCAUGUCGGACCCCGAGGGAGACUACACAGACCCCUGCUCGUGCGAUACCAGCGACGAGCAGUUUUGCCUCCGGUGGGUGGCUCUCAUUGCCUUGUCUUUCUUGGCCCCCUGUAUGUGCUGUUACCUGCCCCUCCGGGCCUGCCACCACUGCGGAGUCAUGUGCAGGUGCUGCGGCGGGAAGCACAAAGCGGCCGCCUGACUCAGUUUCCCCCACCCCACCCCCAUUCCCUUCUCCCUUGCCUUCCACCCCCCCAUCUCCAUCCUCAGCCUCCAGGGAACUCGUUGUCUCUUACACACCCUCUUCCCGGCUCCCUUUCACCCAAAGGGGCAAGGGGAGCCACUGAGGCCUCUUUUUCUUGGUCACCAUUCAUUCCAGUCUGGGGAACUUGCCCGGUGGGCUCUCCACUCCCCAGGGCCCCGGUUGUUGGCCACACACACCCCUCCACAGCUCGUACAGUGUUCUGGUGGAAAGGAACCUUCCGCAGAGACUCUUGUAUUCUUACCAACCUGUAAUCACGCUGUCUUUUCUCCAGGUGUUGAUUUCCUGUCUCUCCUCGCCCACCCCCACUCCCCCCCAUACCCAACGCCCCCCACACACACACCUCUUCCAGUUCAAAGAAGUCUGCAGUGCAAACGACUAGAAUUGGGUUGGGGGGUGGGGGGAUUGUCAUGGGUGGUGUGUUCCAAAAGCACGGAAGACUUAAACUUUCUCUGGGUUCAGCUUGCCUGUUGCUAGCAAGCACCAGGCGCCUGCAGCAAAUGUUAAGUCAGAGAAGGAGAAAACCCUUGCAACAGCAGUAGUCUAACCUGCAGCCAGUUACCUUGUGUAGGAGAUGAGCUAGUCAACAAUCUUGUACUACAGAAUAAUAGCGCUUUAACUUUUCUACAGCUAAGUUAACCAUGUAAGCUGCGGUUUCCAUCUUUAGUCGUCAUUCCCAUACCACACCAAAUCUGUUGAACUUAUUCACUGAUGCAAAAUACUCGCCUGCAAAACGACUGAGAAUUGAGCCUUAACUUCAGAUUAACUUAUGAGAAUUAAGAAAAAUUCCUUUAACUGCAUUGCAUCUCUUGGACCAGGGCUAGAAAGGGGAUUCCAGGUUUCUAGGAGCCCCCCCCCCUCAGUUUUUCCCUGUAACACAGAACUUUCUAGAAUUGUGUUGCCACCACUUCUUUUAAAACAAAAAACUUAGCAAUAUUAGAAUAACAUGGAUGAAGUAAGAAAUUUUGCUCAUUGUUUUUGUAAUCCAGACACAAAUCCAUGUUUGCUAAGAAGCACUGAAGUUGUAGUGAAUAACACAAUCUGAGCUUCCCUAACCCCGGUGACAGUUUUAUAUUAACCAGGGAGGAUUUUAAAUGCGAUACAUUUAAACCCACCAUUUGAGGAGUGGUGGAUUGCAUUUUGUCAGUGGGUUUAUGUUUCUGGUUUUCCUUUUGGACUCAAUUUCACAUCAUCAAACUCUUCAUUUAUACUUGGGAAAAAACAAGGCCAUAUGUAAAAACCCUUCCAAUGCCUAAGUGUCUUUCUCCUGCAACUCUACAUCCAGCCUUGCCACUUGGGUGCACAGUGGGUCAGGUUGCCAACUGAUUCUGCCUGUCGCCUUGCCACGUAGGAGGCUUCUAAUUAGCUGGAAAAGAGUAUUUUUCUAAUAUAUUGUAAGGAAUAGCCAAAUCUUAUUGAAGAAAGAAGCCAGGUGCUGGUGGCUCACACCUGUAAUCCUAGCUUACUCAGGAGGCAGAGAUCAGGAGGAUUGCAGUUCAAGGUCAGCCUGGACAAAAAAAGUUCAUGAGAACACAUCUAAACCAAUAGUUGAGUUCAAUGAUGUGUACUUGUCAUCCCCAGUGUGUAAGAUAUAAGAAGCUGAGAUGAGGAGGAAUCGAUGUUCCAAACCAGACUAGGCUAACAACUUUUAGGAUAACCUCCUUGGAUCUCAACCAAAAAAAAAAGGCUGGAUAUGGUGGUGCAUACCUUUUACCCCAGUUCAAGUGACAAGUAUAAAUAGGAAGAUCAAGGUCCAGCCCAGUCUUGGCAAAAAGUGAGACCCUAAUCUCAAAAAUAACCAGAGCAAAAAAAAAAAGGUAGGAGGAGGGGGACAGGGAGUGUGCGGCUCAAGCAAGUGCAAAGUUCUAAGCUCAAACCCCAGUAUACCUCCCCCUCCCCUCAAACAAAAAUGAAAGAUGUACCUAGCAUAGUACAAUCAGAUCUGUCCAUGGUAAUUGCCAGCGAGAGGCUUUGCCUAGUCCCCUACCCACACCCCUCACUUCCCACGGUCCCCUUUCUUUAUUGCACUCAAGACUUCAGUGUUCAAGGAAAGGACUCUUCCAACCUGCCAGUCACAUUGGGAAAAUGCUAGCCAUGCUUACCUUUGUCAGGAGUGUUUUAUUUCUUUGAGACAGAUCGUCAGUGUAAAUACCCCAGUCAGUGUGCUGAUGACUUAGUUGGUAGAUGUUUUCAUUUGUUAGAAUGACUGGUUGGAGCUAUCCAGUGUGGAAAAGGAGCAGAGAGCUGCACGUCGGGAUCCGUGGAAGGGAAGAGAACCCCCUUCUGGAGAACAUCUAGCAGACCCUCAGCCAGCCUCCUACUGUGGAGAGACCACUGUCCCCUGCCUGAGGGACCGCCUCGGGGCCUUUCUCUAAGGUCCCCUCUGCAAAGCACAACACUAAUGUAUGUUUCGUCAGACCUCAGUUACGUCGCCCCUAUUUAUUUCAGUAAGAACACACGGGUCCCUUUGUGUUGGUCACCUGUAUGUAGCUGUCACUCAUCCUGUCUUCCUCAGCCCCUUGCUGGUUUUCAUCUCUUGAAGAGUAUAUGCUAGUGAAUCUGACUCUGUGUAUCUAUCCUUUGGUUUUGUGAAGGCAGUGGUUCAGGGCACAAAGACAGCCAUGGGGACAUUUGUGUAAAUACAAAUACGUCUGUCUCUCUUCGCCACACUGAAGCUGAACAGUGUGCCGUAUUUUCCCAGUCAGCUUUGCCAUACUGAUGUCAAUCAUUUGAGAGAAAUUAUUCAGAUUUUAUUUUUGUAUCUGUGGUAACAAAACAUUAACCAAAAGAUUUUUCUGUUUAGAAGCUUCACACACACACACACACACACACACACACACAUCCCAAAGCUAUUUGCUGACAUUAACAAAUUAAAGUGCCUGAAGCAUAAUUCAUUCUUUACCUGUAUACUAAAAAAAACAAAAAACAAAAAACCCUGUUGUAUUGAUUUUUUAUAAUAAGCCUUUUUACCUGUGUAAAAUAUAUAUAUACAAGUGUAUGAUGUAUAUUUUAGUUCUUAACUUUUUUUUAUGGUUUCUAAUAUGUUUGACCAAUGUAGCCAUUGCGUUAAAAUGUAUCAUGUAAAUAUAAAAACAUCCUAUCAGA